GCUUCCUACUGGCUUCUGACUUGCUAUUUGGAAUAUAAUCUUUUUCCUGUUCAACCGUGUUCUGAUUUGGGGACUUGUCGAGUGAAUUGGUGUCCGAGAAUACUAAGCAAUAGGAAUAGCUGGGUCAUUAACUGUAAGAAGAAAGAGAGAUUAUAACAGUGGCGACGGGGAAAAACUAAAGAAAAAUGGCGAUUUCUUUAGAACAGUUGCGGUUAAUAUUACAGCACCAGCAGAAGUUGUUAGCCUUGCAACAACAACUAUUGAGCACACUUUUCACUCGACCAGAAAAUAAGAAAUCUGUUUAUGAUGCAGUGACAGACAUUUCAGAAGCAUAUCUAGUGGAGGGUUCAAAUCCCUUUAUACCUGAAUCAGAACGUAAUAUUUGUAACGUGUCCGGCUCACAGCAAGAAAAUACUGUGCUGAAUGCUCAUAAAUUUGUGGCAAUACGAAAUGAUCAAGAGCCAGACCCUGUAGAUGAAGCCCGGAGUCCAGAAUUGAAUGAAGCACUACUGGUCCUGUCUAGCUCUGAAAAUAAACUUCAGCUAGAACAAAAUUAUGGUCCACGUGAUAUUAGCCAAGAAAGCUAUGGGGGCUCGUAUUCAGAAAAUAACUGCAGUGACACAACGAACCCAAUUAUACCGAAUGUUACUCAAAAUCAUUGUGAGACAGAAACUUAUGUUGAAUCAGCUUAUCCGAUUUCUAAUGACAAUGUAUCAGACAUGGGUUCUCAGAACAAUGCAUGUUAUUUUGAUGAAAUUUCUCAUGAAAAUCAGGAAAAUAUAUCAGCUGAGUCAAAUUAUGGUCAAAAGUCUAAUUUAAUUUUGUUAGAUGAUGAUUUCCGUAAUGAUCCAUUAUCCACUGAUGAAAUUCCUAAUGGAUUUGAAAGUAAUGCUUCAGAAGAAUUAAACUUUGACCUCAAAUCAAAGGUCGUUCAUUAUCAUCUAGUCGUUUCUAGUGGAUCCGACAUUCAAUGCGAGAAACGUCGUUUAAAUAAAGUCCUAUUAUUUGUAACUUGGAGAUAUAAAGAUCCGACAUUGUUUCGCGGAGGAGGAGAAUGUUGGAGAAUUAAAAGUUAUGCAUACUUUUUUUUAAGAAAAAUCAAAACGCCGGGAAUAGACAUGUCAGUCUCUGUGCAAGGAAAAAGUGAUAAUUCUUCAUUGCAUAGACGAUGGACUAAUCGAAAGCACAAGCCAGUCACUCAGUUGCAGUUGGACCCUAGCACCAGAUCCUACGAAUCUGCUCAAAGGGGAGGUGUUAGCGGGACAUAGACUAGAUUAAAGCAUGCUCAAUGCAUGAUUGUUUUGGUGCACGCUGAUUGGCUGAUUCUUAUCCAAUCAGCACUAGUCGAUAGUCGGAGAAUACUCUGGAAUCUUCUUAUGUAAAAACUAUAAAUAUACCGACGUUUUCCCUAUUGUGUUUCCUACUGGCUUCCGACUUGCUAUUUGGAAUAUAAUCUCUUUCCUGUU